CUUGGCAAACUUUUCGUCCCAUAAGUUACCCUGAGCAUUACAGAAGAAACGACUAUCUUCCUUCUAUUGGGUCUGACUAGGGGAGAUUCCCUGAACAUAGAUAUGAGGCAUUUGGCGUACGCUGCCAGCUUUCUGUACCUCACAGGGCUAGUCAAUGCUCAAUACUUUUCGGCUGGAUGGACACCAGGGCAACCCGUCCCAAGCGAAAGUCCCUCAACAGCACACGUCUCACAUUCCUCCUCAUCCACCCCUGCAACACAACAUGGGCCAGGGAAGAUGUCGUUCCUGGAUAGCCUUGUGACUGUAGGACCUCUGGCCGCUGUAUCCUCCCUCAUUGGACUCAACAUUACUGGAGCUCCAGCUGUGACGUGGGAUGAGCGGAUACCUCUCAUCACGGACGAGAACUACGCAGAAUUUAUUGUGAACGAGGCACUUUCUCCUGAGGAGGAGAAGGAACGAGUUUGGUUCCUUAUAAUAACUGUCACCGCGGGACAGCCAGAAGGUGUCUCGAAGUUCGUAGACAAUGUCUUUGACGCCACGUAUAAUUAUACCCUGGAGAAAGGAGAACUUCCUCACGUGCGCUUUGGUCGUAUAGACUAUCUUAACGUUACGAGCAUCACCACCAAAUGGGCUGUCUGGUCUGCACCUUACCUUGUUGUAUUGAAAGACCGAGGGCAAACCUUGCGGUUUUACAAGGCCGGUCAGAUAAGGUUGACCGACGAAAUUUUGCACCAAUUUCUCAAGGAGGAGGGGUGGCGUAUGAAGGAGCCAUGGAAAUCCGCCUAUGGCCCCGGCGGCGAACGCGAAUACAUUUUAGAUUACCUGGCGCAACUGCUGACCAAGGUCUACCGUGCCCUUGUUCGUGUACCGAAAUGGCUCAUGUACACGAUGAGUGGAGGUCUUGCGACCUUCUUCAUUAACUUUUUGCACAAACCUUCACCCCCAAAGAUUGCUGCUAAGCCUGUACUGAAGCCUGCAACUGCGCCUGUGUCCGGAUCCCCAGCCCCAGAAUCUACUGCUGCGUCGUCGAGUGCGACGAAUACCCCACGGAAGGGCUCUGCUAAAAGGAAGGGAAAGAAGUGAUUGGAUGUUUUGGAAGGAUACCCAUGCACUGUGGAUCUAUUGACCUAGAAUUUAUGUACUGUCAUAAUGUACUUCCAUCUUGCAAUCAGGUCGUACAACGAAUCCAGAGCUGUUGCACUUCGAAGUACGUUC